GAAUUCUUCUUAUUAUUUAUAUGCUCCACCGAUCUAUUCUCACAUUCAGUCUUCAUAGCUAGAAGCCUCGUGAGACUGAUAGAGUUCCAAAGAAAUGGCUUCUCAGUUGCUUUUGCCAACAAACACAUUCACCAAUUCAUCCUUAGAUAAAGUUUUCGUUACAGGUGAUGACUUGACUCUGAAAAGAAAGCCAAACCACGCAACAAGAGUUUCAUAUGGAUUUAGCUUAAGAGCAAACGCAGCUUUGAACUCUAGUCAUAGCUCAUAUGUUGAAGUUCCACGUCAAUGGUACAAUCUUGUUGCUGAUCUCUCUGUUAAGCCUCCUCCACAGUUGCACCCCAAAACUUUCGAACCAAUCAAACCCGAAGAUUUAGCUCAUCUUUUCCCUAAUGAGAUAAUUAAGCAAGAAGAAACACUAGAGAGAUUUAUCGACAUCCCCGAAGAAGUUCUUGAAAUCUAUAAGCUUUGGCGUCCAACUCCUCUUAUCAGAGCAAAGAGAUUGGAGAAGCUUCUUCAUACACCUGCAAGGAUUUACUUCAAGUAUGAAGGUGGUAGCCCAGCUGGUUCACACAAACCCAACUCAGCAGUUCCACAAGCUUAUUACAAUGCGAAAGAAGGUGUCAAGAACGUUGUGACGGAAACAGGCGCUGGCCAGUGGGGCAGUUCUUUAGCCUUUGCUUCUAGUCUAUUUGGACUUGAUUGUGAAGUGUUUCAAGUGGCCCAUACAUACCAACAAAAGCCAUAUCGCAGGCUGAUGAUGCAAACUUGGGGUGCAAAGGUUCAUCGAUCACCAUCGGAACUCACCGAGGCAGGUAGAAGAAUCCUUCAGGCAGAUCCAUCAAGCACAGGAAGUUUAGGCAUUGCAAUUUCAGAAGCUGUUGAAGUCGCAUCAAGAAACGAAGAUACAAAAUACUGUUUAGGGAGUGUAUUUAACCAUGUGUUGUUACACCAGACGGUUAUUGGAGAAGAAUGCAUAAAGCAGAUGGAAGAAUAUGGCGAAACGCCUGAUGUGAUCAUAGGAUGUACUGGUGGAGGAUCGAAUUUUGCUGGUUUGAGUUUUCCCUAUAUCCGGGAGAAACUCAAAGGCAAAAUCAACCCUAUUAUACGAGCGGUUGAGCCCUCGGCUUGUCCUUCAUUGACCAAAGGAGUUUACGCUUAUGAUUUUGGUGAUACAGCUGGAUUGACUCCUUUGAUGAAGAUGCAUACUUUAGGGCAUGACUUCAUUCCCAGUCCUAUCCAUUCCGGUGGAUUACGGUACCAUGGGAUGGCACCGUUGGUCUCACAUAUUUAUGGACAAGGUUUCAUGGAAGCAAUCUCAAUUCCUCAAACUGAGUGCUUCCAAGGUGCUAUUCAGUUCGCGAGAACAGAAGGGAUAAUACCUGCGCCAGAACCGACUCACGCCAUUGCUGCAACCAUAAGAGAAGCUCUCCGAUGCAAAGAAACAGGUGAAGCAAAAGUGAUACUAAUGGCCAUGUGUGGACAUGGCCACUUCGACCUUGCCUCGUAUGAAAAAUAUUUACGAGGUGAAUUGGUAGAUUUAUUAUUUAGCGAAGAGAAGAUUCAAGAGUCUUUGUCCAAGGUUCCUCUUGUUGUCUAGCUCCAAGUUAAGCCCCAUGUUCCAAACCAAACGGGUGUAAUAAGUUAGGGCAUUAUCAUGCCCUUUUAAAUAAAGUGUGCCAGAGAGAGAGCAUCAGUAAUAGACACAAUGUGUAACAUAUGAAAAGAACUUUUAAUAUCGUUUAU